AUGUCGCGCUUGAUAGUUAAAAAUUUACCCACAACUAUCACUCAAAAAAGAUUCCAAGAAGUAUUUGCAGCACAUGGUAUUGUGACAGAUGUACAAUUAAAAUACACAAAAGAGGGAAAAUUUCGUAAAUUCGGAUUUGUUGGAUUCAAAACUGAGGAUGAUGCUCAGAGAGCAUUGAAAUCUUUAAAUGAAACUUAUAUCGAUACAUCCAAAAUUGAUGUGCAAGUCUGUGCUGCUUUGGGAGAUCCACUAAAACCGAAAGCUUGGAGUAAGUAUGCUCCAGAUAGUUUAGUGAAAAAUAAAAAAAAAGUAGAAGUCGAGAAAGAUCCAGAGCCUAAACCAGAAAAGAAGAAAAAAAAUAAAAAAAAUGAAGAAAUAGAAAAAUUACUAGAGCAGCAUAAAGACGAUCCAUUAUUCAGCGACUUUCUAGAAGCCCAUCAAGUUUUUCCCACUAAAGAAUCAAAAGUAGAUCACAAAGAAUCCUGGAAAAAUGAUUUAGGCGCUGAAGAUGGUGAAGAAAAAAAAACUGAUGGUGGUUCUGAAAAUGACUCAGGAGUUGAAGAUACCAGCAAAGAAUUAGACGUCAAUAAAAUAGCAAAGAAAUUUGAGAAGAAGAAGAGUGAGCCAAAAAAAAAGAAAGAACUUUUCACUGUAAAAAUAAAAGGUCUGAAUGGCUAUCAUAAGAAAAAAGACAUAAAGCUUUUUUUCCAUCCGCUGGUACCGAAAUCUAUAAGAGUGUCGCAGAAGAUCAGGGGCUUUGCGUACGCAGGAUUCAAAACUGAGACUCAGAUGAACAAAGCGCUCAAAAAGGACCGCUGUAUUUAUGAGGGCAAGAAGUUGUACGUGAGAAAAUACGAUAAGCAGAAUGAUGGGGCUGUGACCGAAGAAAAUGAUAUUGAGAACUCAAAGUGGAAGAAGCAAGAAGAAGCUUUGAAAAAUGAAGAGCCAAUCGCUGAAUCAGGGAGGAUUUUUGUUAGAAAUCUGGCUUAUGUUACUACAGAGGACGACUUGAGAAAUUUGUUCGAAAAGUACGGACCUUUGACUGAAGUAAAUGUGCCUAUCGAUAAAAAUACUAGAAAAUCCAAAGGUUUUGGUACAAUUACCUUCAUGAUGCCGGAACAUGCUAUCACAGCCUAUAAUGAACUAGACGGUCAGUCGUUGAAUGGCAGGAUGUUACAUAUUUUGCCCGCCAAAGCGGUUGUGUCAGAAUCCGAAAAAGAGGGCUUGAGUUAUAAAGAAAAGAAAGAACUUAAGAAAAAAGGAACGGCGAACUCAAGUCAUAAUUGGAAUACAUUAUUCCUCGGGCAGAAUGCUGUUGCGGAUGCGAUAGCAUCUACGUACAAUACCACCAAAGAAAAAGUCCUUGAAGACGGAGGAAAAGGAACAAGUGUCGCUGUGAGACUCGCCUUGGGAGAAACCCAGCUGGUGGAAGAGACGAGAAAAUUCUUGGAGGAAAACGGCGUAAGACUCGAAGCAUUCAAUCAACCACCGGAUAAGCGAUCCACGACUAUUAUUCUGGUUAAAAAUUUACCCGCCAUGACUACUGUUCAGGAACUGAGAGAAAUUUUUUCUAAGCACGGUGUGAUCGGUAGGAUUGUGAUGCCGCCUUCUGGAAUCACGGCUCUGGUAGAGUACGUCGAGCCGUCAGAAGCCCGAGCGGCGUUUAAAAAAUUGGCUUACACUAAAUUUAAACACUUGCCACUAUAUUUGGAGUGGGCGCCAGACAACAGUUUAAAUCCGGCAACAAAAUCAAUUCCAGUCAAUAAAUUGUCUGUUGAUAAAACCGAAAACAAUGAACAGGUAGAAAAAAGUAAACCUGUUGAAGAUGAUGAUGAAGAAGAAGAAGUCGAACCCGACACUACCAUUUUUGUUAAGAAUUUGAAUUUCUCAACGACGGAUGAUCAGUUAAAAGAAUACUUCAGCAAAUGUGGUAGAAUACACUACGCAACAGUUACCACGAAAAAAGACCCGAAAAACCCGGGAGAGAAACUUUCGAUGGGCUACGGAUUUGUGAGAUACAAAUACAAAGCCGACGCAGAUCGGGCUUUGAAAGAAUUGCAGAUGACCUUAUUAGAAGGCAAGACAUUGGAGUUAAAACGCUCACAGAGAACAUUAGAAACCGACGUAAAGACGACGAGAAAAGUAUCGAAAGUGACAGAAGCAACGGGAACUAAAAUUCUUAUAAGAAACAUUCCUUUCCAAGCGAAUGUAAACGAAAUUACAGAAUUAUUCAAAGCGUUUGGAGAAUUGAAAGCUGUUCGUUUGCCCAAGAAGAUGGUAGGAGAUGGGAAUCAUCGAGGAUUUGGUUUCGUUGAGUAUUACACAAAAAGUGAUGCCAAGAAAGCUUUCAAGGCGCUCUGUCAGAGCACUCAUUUGUAUGGCAGAAGAUUAGCGCUGGAAUGGGCCCAAACUGACGAAGAUAUCGACACUAUUAGAAAGCGAACUGCUAAGCAUUUUCACCCAGAAACGAGCGUCAAGAAAAGUAAAAAAGCUACUGUUGAUCCUGAGUCACUGGGUCUUGAAGCUGAAUCUUAA